AUCAUGUGGGAUUCAAAGAUCCGUAGAUUUCUGGAUUCCCCAAUUGCUCAGAAGAUCAUGUGGGCUCCAAAGAUGCUAAAUUUCUGGAUUUCCCAAUAGCUCAGAAGAUCAUAUGGGCUUCAAAGAUUGUAGAUUUCUGGACGCUCUAAGUUAAUCCAGGAAAAUACAGAAGCCAGAAACGUCAUGUGUUUUGUUGUUUAUAUCUAAGUUAAUCCUGCAAAUCUGUCUUCCUAAUCUCUAUGAUAAGUUUGUUAUGAUCAGAUCUAUGCCACCGCCUUAGCCGCUGUCAAUCAAGCAGAUCAAUGGAACGGCAGUGAUCUGCAGGUGCAGGGGAAGUACCAUAGGCUGCGAAGCACAUGACUACUCUGCUUUUUGCCUCUUCCGAGUACCGAACAUUAAGUUUGGGAGCCCUAGCUCAGACACCGAUCGUCUAAAAUGGGUGACGAGGCCGAGAAGGUAGUCGUUCCCCGAAACUUCAGAUUACUGGAAGAACUUGAAAGAGGUGAAAAAGGAAUCGGGGAUGGAACUGUGAGUUAUGGAAUGGAUGAUGCUGAUGAUAUCUAUAUGGCGUCUUGGACGGGAACAAUUAUAGGGCCACCUAAUACUGUUCAUGAAGGACGGAUUUAUCAACUCAAGCUAUUCUGUGGACAGGAUUAUCCUGAUAAUCCUCCCAGCGUGAGAUUUCAAACUCGGAUUAAUAUGACCUGUGUCAAUCCAGAAACUGGUGUGGUGGAACCAAGCCUUUUCCCCAUGCUAUCUAAUUGGCAAAGGGAGCAUACAAUGGAGGACAUAUUAAUGCAAUUGAAGAAAGAAAUGACUUCUCCCCAGAACAGGAGACUAAGUCAGCCUUCUGAAGGUAAUGAAGAUGGACGAGUAGACCAAAAGGGGCUAGUGUUGAAAUGUUGCAUUCUUUAAAGGUAAAAGGCCAACAACUAAGAUAUUGUAAAUAAGCUGAUGUUACUAUUUGAGCAACAUGCUUUUUGUCUACACGUAUUUGAAUGAAUGAAUGAAUGAAGUUGAGUUGUGCUCCAUUAAGUGA